AUUGACAAUGUUUGAUUUAAAUGUAGGGGCCGCGUGGUUUGGAUGGAGCGGCUGGCGAUAUUGGAGCACCUGGAUUCGCAGGCCCCCGAGGUGAGGCGGGCCCACAAGGCAAGCCCGGAAUGACGGGCCCUCAAGGAUUGACAGGUCCUGCCGGUAAAACUGGAGUCCAAGGAGCUGCAGGACCCGAAGGACCAGCUGGAGGAACAGGACCAACUGGCGAGAAAGGAAAUACGGGUCCAGAGGGUGAGGUUGGACCUGUCGGUGCUCAAGGUAGACCUGGAGCUGAUGGGCUUCCAGGGGAUGCCGGACCUGUUGGUGAGCGUGGACCAAAAGGCGAAACGGGAGAGGAUGGGCAAGCUGGAAUUCCCGGACGAGAUGGUCCUUCAGGAAUGAGGGGACCCUCUGGGGAUCCGGGCAGUGCUGGAGCUCCUGGGCCGCCAGGGCCGAUGGGUGAUUCUGGCGGACGGGGACCCAGAGGCCAAAAUGGACCACCUGGAGAUCGAGUAGGUUGAAAAUGUUAUUGUUCAUUGCGCACUGACAUAUUCACUGUU